GUUGAUAUGAAAAAAGAAAAUGGAUUAGAAUAUAGAAAAAUAGAUGAUAUUCUACCAGAUGCACAGACAUCAGUGACUCAUGGAGGGGUUCACAACGUAAUUGAUGAUAAUACUUGUUUUGUUGAACAAAUAUUACCAGAUCAAACGUCAGACAUGAGUAUGACCCUUGGAGAUAUACACAAUGAAGAAACUAGGAAACAUACAAGAGCAAUAGAAAUUCAGACAGAUUCGAUAAAGAUGCGUAAUAAAAUUAUUCAGGUUAAGUUACCAAAAAAUUCAGCCAUAGAAAUUCAGACAGAUUCGAUAAAGAUGCGUAAUAAAAUUAUUCAGGUUAAGUUACAAAAAAAUUCAGCCAUGGAAAAAUUUAUUAUAUCUAUUCGCAGUGAUGAAAAAAGAUGCAUAUUUUAUACAAGUCUUCAUUUUGAGCAAAUCCAAGCUUUACAUAGAUUUUUGAGUCCAGCUUGCGAAAACUUAGAUUAUUGGGGCAGUCGAGAGUCAAAGCAUGAAAAUUCCGAAAAUAAUAGUAAAUACAAAUUUACUUCAUUACAGCAGUUGAUUUUGGUUCUAUUAAGAUUACGAAUGGGAUAUUUAACAGAAGAUUUAGCUUACAAGUUCGAUAUUUCUACGGGGUUUGUUUCAAAAAUAUGUACAACUUGGAUUUAUUUUUUGUACAAUGAAUUUACCACUCAAUUGAAGCCAUUUAUGUUCCCAUCUAGGAAAACAAUAGCCGAAACAUUACCUAAAAUAUUUCGGUCUAUAAAAAACAUAAGAGUUAUUGUUGAUUGCGUUGAAUUUUUUUGUCAAUCGCCGUCAAACUUUGAGCACCAAGGUAAUUUAUAUUCAAGUUAUAAAGCUCAUACCACAUUUAAAGUGUUGAUAGGAUGUACUCCUAAUGGAUGUCUUAGUUUUGUAUCUGAUGCAUUUGAGGGUUCAAUAUCGGAUCCAGAAAUAUUUAAACGAUCAAAAAUAGCAGACUUAUUGCAACCUGGAGAUGUAGUACUAGCAGAUCGAGGUUUUACGGUUCAUGAUGUAGUUGAAGCUAAGCAAGCACAUUUAAAUAUUCCUCCAUUUUUGAAUGGAAGAGACCGUUUAACUGCUCAAGAGGAAAUUUUGACGAAGAAGAUAGCAAAACAACGAAUAUAUGUUGAACAUGUUAUUGGGCGCAUAAAAAAUUUCAGACUUCUUUCCACCGUUUUACUUUUAAAUAUGCGUCCUAUCAUGUCACAAAUUAUAUUUAUCUGUGCAUGCUUGGUCAACUUUCAAACACCUAUAGUUUUCGACGAAUUAAAUUAAGGCCAGUGUGUUGUAGGAAAUAAAAAAAC